AGGAACUGGUAUGAUGUCCUUCAGGCAGUUACUCAGAAAUGAAGUCUCAGAUAUUUCUGCUGUGCGUCGUAGCGGCGGUGGCCGCAUUUCCUCAGCAAGGGCAGGACCAAACUUCUGAGAUUAUUCGCCAAGCUUUAAAUUCAGAAGCUGUGCAGAAUGUCUUCAAAGAAAUCAGCUCGGUGACGCAGACCUUGCAGUCCGACCGACCUUUCGAAGGCAUCAAGAAGAUCAACUCCCUCGCCUUCGACGCGGCUCUCCAAGCCUCGCCUCCCGACCGCCGUCAGGAGAUUCAGAACUCCCAGGGGCUGAUAGUCUCGAUCCUGGACGCUGUGGACAAAUUCAUAGCAGAUCUUCCAGCAAAUUCAACAGCAAUCCCACCAAUCAACAUCCCCCAGAUCCCACCUAUUCAAAUUCCUGCGAUUCCCCCCAUUCUAAUCCCUGGGCUUCCUCCCAUUCAAAUUCCAGGGGUGACCACUGACAAACCUCAAGCUUCAUCGAGCCCUUCAAGUGGCCACAACCGGUUUUAAUUUCUUAUCAGUUCUAAUUACUAAAUGAAAUAAAGAUGCAAAAAUACCUCACAACGAACAUCUAAUUUUUUGAAACACCUGAAGAUUUUCUGUAAAGUGAAUUAUUGAAUAUUAUUAGAAAAUUUGCCGAUUUCCAGUGGAACGAUAAACUUAAGCCUUGCAAUUUUCUUUACUGCAGAAAAAUUAGCGAAAUUAUGAUUUACAUAUGAACAUUGAUAUGAAUUGAGGCACUUGAAGAACAUGUCUAUAAAACCUUGGUAGUCUGUUUCUUAAGAAUAUCAAGUCACAAUCGCCUAUUCAAUGACAACCUCGCAGCUUAGCUAAAAUAAAUAAUAUACAAAAAUUUGGGACAAAUAAAACACCUCGUUUUAAUAUUUAUUG